CCACAGGCUUGGCUAAACAGGGAGGUGACCAGAGAAUAGCUCCUCUAUGAACGCCCCUCAGACUCGCUGCUCCAGUGAAUCACAUUUUCCACUUUGAGCAGAGUUCCUUCAGCGCGCGCCUGCCGACACGAGCCGCGCGCUCUAAACUUUCCUUCCUCCUCAGAGGCGCAGAGAGGGCAGCGGAUGCGCCGUUGGCACAUGGUCUGCGGCUGAAAACGCCCCGAAAACAAAAGCUCCAUCCCGGCGCGCGGAGGAGCGAACAUUUGGAGACAUGUUGGGAGUGUUUCUGUCUGCUGGCUGGACGCGAACGAGGAGCUGCUCUGGUAAACUGAUCCGCCUUUAGAUGGAGCCCAGAGGACGGGCUGGCUGCUGACUGUCAGCGCACACAGACAGACAGACUGACAUGGAUCUCCAGGUGAUCGUCUGGCUGGUCUACUGCUUCCUGCUGCCGGCCGUCCUCCUAACAGCUUGUCUUUUUCGCUUCAACUUGCUGUCACUGGUUUACUUCCUCUAUCUCCUGCUGUUGCCAUGGUUCCUCGGCCCAAACAAAUACACAGUCAGAGGUCACACUGGUCGGUUCAUUAAAACAGUUUUCUGCACCAGUCUGCUCUUCGUUCUGGCUCAUAUCUGCUUCCAGACGGUUUUGUAUACCUACGCUCCCCUCGACGCUGCAAUAGGUUAUAACUGUUCACGAUGGGAGGCCAUCACCAGACACAUUGGUCUGUCCAGGCUUCCAUUGGACGAUCCCUGGAAUGUGCUGCGUCUCCUGUGUCCAGAUGUAGGAGUCUGUGUGGUGUCACUCGUUACGAUUGUCCUCUGCCGCAGACUGGUCAGGAACAGAGAGAUGGUGGCAGCAGCCAAUAUAACAUCACUUGAAGAAGAUUCUGCAGACACUACAACAGAGAAUGAGGAGGAGUUAUCGGAUGAUGAAGAGGAGGAGAGGUCCUCCAACGGUUCCCCUGAUGAGGUUUCCACGGCAACCAGAGCCAAGCUGCUGGCAGAGGGCCUGAAAGUCAAAGUGCUGAAAGUUCUUCGGGACCUGGGAAGAGUGAUGGUGGUCCUUCUGCUGGGCGUGGCCGGCAUCACGCUGCCCUCUGCCUUCUCAACACUCUACUUCCUCCUCUUCAUCGGCGUGUGCACCUGGUGGGCGUGCCACCUACCCAUCAGCCACCUGGGAUUUAAUGCACUGUGUGUGAUGGUGGGCUUCUACACCGCGGGUCACAUGGUGUGCCUUUACCUGUACCAGAGUCCGCUGGGUCAGGCCGCCUUCCCCCCCCAGGAUCUGUGGGCCAGACUGUUUGGUCUGAAGGACAUCAUCAUCCCAGGAAACUGCUCCAUGCCCGAUGACCUCAUCCUCAAUCACAGUCAUGACUGGCCGGUUUACGUCAACCCAGGGAUCCUCCUGUUGCUCUACAUCACUGUAGCAGCUGUCAUCAAAUCAGGGCUGCAUGCUGCCUCCAACCAGCAGGAAAAAAGAAAAGUUUCAGACGCAGAAGAACUGCUGGAGUUAAAGUCAUGGAGGCAACCCAAAGACGACUGUGAGGAUGAAACCCAGGUCACGCUGGUAUCCAGAGAGUCAGAGGGUCCAGAGGAAACUGCGGCUGCAGAACAUCAGUCAGGUGCUCCUGAGGCGCCGAAGGGCCCACUGAACGAGAGCCCAUUUUUCCUGCUGGGGAGGGUGGUCAUGCAGCAGAGUUAUGUCUGUGCCCUCAUAGCCAUGAUGGUUUGGAGCAUCACAUACCACAGCUGGCUGACGUUUGUCCUGCUGCUGUGGGCGUGUCUCAUCUGGAUGCUGCGUUCCAGACGCCACGCAGCAACGCUGUGCUCUCCGUUCAUCCUGCUCUACGGCCUGGCUCUCUGCUGCCUGCAGUAUGUCUGGGCCAUUGACCUGGAACCCAUCCUGCCCACCAAGGUGGGGACCAUGAGCCUCAGACAGCUGGGACUGGACAGAGCGGAGUACCCCUGUCUGAGACUGGGAGCUAUGCUGUUGUUCACCCUGACCUUCUGGCUGUUGGUGCGUCAGUCCGUGAAGGAGAACUUCAGGAGAAAGAGCAAACGGUCGACACCACUACAGGAAGUCACCACCAAAGAACUGGGUGCGGGUGGAGAAUCGGUGCUGAAGGUUCUGGGAGGCAUGGUGAUGAGCUGCUACGCCAAAUACUGGAUCUAUGUUUGUGGGGGGAUGUUCAUCAUGGUCUCCUUUGCUGGGAAACUGGUCGCAUACAAGAUCGUCUACAUGUUGCUCUUCCUGCUCUGCCUCUGCCUCUACCAGGUCUACUACUCUCUUUGGAGGCAUCUGCUGAAGCUCUUCUGGUGGCUGGUUGUGGCCUACACCAUGCUGGUGCUCAUCUCCAUCUACACCUACCAGUUUGAGGAUUUCCCUAAAUACUGGAAAAACCUGACUGGUUUCACAGACGACCAGUUGGCGGCCAUCGGUCUGGAGACGUUUGCUCUGUCUGAGCUGUUCUCCAGCAUCCUCAUCCCAGGUUUCUUCCUGCUGGCCUGCAUCCUGCAGCUGCACUACUUCCACAAGCCCUUCAUGAGGAUCACCGACCUGGACCAGGUGACGCCCAUACACAGAAGGAGGAAGAACGGAAGACCUGAGGAGGCCAGCUCCCACGGUUUGACCAGGAACCCUGAGGAAGAAGAAGAACUGAUGCCUGAUCAGGAUGAGGAGUCUGAAGAUGAAGAGCUGGUGCCCACCAAAUGGGGUCUGGUGAUGGACAGGAUUCUGGUUCUGUCCAGGAAGUUCUCCGACAUCCUCUCUAAAGUCCAGGGCUUCCUCUGGAGGAUCCUGGAGCUCCACAUCCUGAAGAUGGUGGCUUUCUUCUCUGUGUGGGUUGCACUCCAAGAGCCGUCGGUGAUGAAUCUAGUCCUGGUUGUGCUGUGGUCCCUGGCGAUGCCCUUCGGCCGCUUCAGGCCCAUGGCCUCCUGCCUGUCCACAGUCUGGGUCUGCGUCAUUAUCGUGUGUAAGAUGCUGUACCAGCUGAGUGUGGUGGACCCCUCUGAAUACGCCCGCGUCUGCACCAUGCCUCCGACGAACGAAACCAACUUAUCGCCAGAGGAGAUGAUGAACUCCACCCUGUACCAGCCUAUAGAUCCAGCCAAGUGGUUCGGCAUCAGGAAAGACACGACCGCGCUGGGAUACAGCAAGAACCAUUUGAUGGUUCUGAUGUUGCUGGUCUUUGAGGCCACGGUGUAUCGUCACCAGAUCCACCACUACCGUCAGCUCCAGCGGACCCCCCCAACCAUACCGACUCUCUUCCCGUCUGCAAAGAGAGACACGCUGGACAAAGGCCUCGUCCCCUGCUUCAAGUACCUGCUCAACUACGCCUUUUACAAGUUCGGCUUGGAGAUUUGCUUCCUGAUGACGGUGAAUGUGAUUGGUCAGCGGAUGAACUUUUUGGUCAUAAUCCACGGCUGCUGGAUGGUGGCCCUGUUGGUGAGGCGGCGGCGAGCAGCUAUCGCCAAGAUCUGGCCCAAAUACUGCAUCUUCCUGUCCAUCUUCAUGAUCUACCAGUACCUGCUGUGUGUGGGCAUCCCUUCUGCUCUCUGCCAAGAUUACCCAUGGAGGUGGAAUAACCAGCUGUUGAUGAGCUCGGCGCUCAUUAAAUGGAUCUACCUGCCUGAUUUCUACACUGUGCCCAACUCCAGGAACCUGAUAGCGGACUUCCUGCUGCUGAUGUGUGCCUCCCAGCAGUGGAAGGUGUUUGAGUGUGAGAAGCAGGAGGAAUGGAUGGUCCAAGGAGGAGAGAACACCGAUGAGCCUGACCCAAUGGAGGGUCAGCUCUUUAACCCUGCUCCUAACUUCAUCAACUGCAGGAGUUAUCUGGACAUGGUGAAGGUCCUGGUGUUCCGGUACUUCUUCUGGUUCGUGCUGUCGGUGGUCUUCAUCACAGGGGCCACCAGGAUAUCCGUGUUUGGAUUGGGAUAUCUGAUCGCCUCCUUCUUUUUCCUGCUGUUUGGAACCAAGCUGCUGGUGCGGCCAUCCAGAGUCCGCCUAAUGCUGUGGGACUGUCUCAUCAUCUACAACGUGGCCGUCAUCAUAUCCAAGAACGCCUUAUCUAUCCUGGCCUGUGUGUUUGUGACGGAGAUGCAGGCCCGGUUCUGUUGGGUCAUUCAGCUCUUCAGCCUGGUUUGCACUGUUAAAGGAUAUUAUGAUGCUGAAGCGGUGAGCAGUGAGACGUGUAGCCUCCCGGUGGAGGAAGCAGGCAUCCUGUGGGACAGUCUCUGUCUUCUCUGCCUCUUGCUGCAGAGGAGAGUCUUCCUUAGUUUCUACUUCCUGCACGUGACGACAGAGCUACAGGCAUUUGCCAAACAGGCAUCAAGGGGGUUUGAGCUCUUCAGAGCCAGCAUCAUGAAGAACGUUCACUUUCAUCAACAAAUAGAGAAGAAAUCCCUGACACAGCUCAAGAAAUCGAUGCAGAGGAUUCGCGCUAAGCAGCAAAAGUACAAAGAAGGACAGAAAAGCAGUGAGAUUUCUGCUGGAAGCCAGGAAGUUGGUAGUGAUCUCAGCAGUCCAGUUGAGACUCACGGGGAGCAGAAGAAGUCAAAGAAGAAGAACUGGUACCAACCAUGGAUAAACCACGCAGCAGUCAUUCAUUCUGGUGACUACUACCUGUUUGAAUCAGACAGUGAGGAUGAGGAGGAUCUGACCUACGAGGAGAAAAAGCCUCAGACUCAGACUGCAUGCCAGUUAGCUUAUCAGGCAUGGGUGAGCAGCGUGAAGACAGCUCUGAGGGAACGCCAGAGACGCCAGAGACAGUGGAAGGCCAUGAAGGAGAAAGAGAGGAAUAGACAAGAACAAAGAGAGGAGGAUCUUCAUCUGAAGGCCUCUGCAGAUGCUGUUUUUGAGGAGGCUGAUGCUGAAGAGGAGGAGCCUGAGGAGGAGGAAGAGUCUGUGCAUGGAGAGAUGGUUCAGAAGAUCUUGGAUAUCCUGCGCUUCCUGUGGGCUAUUAUCUUAGCCAUGGUGGACGGCCUGACCCAGUGGCUCAAUCUGCUCACUAAACAGUACAGAGACACGUCCACGGUGCUCUGCAACGAGCGCUACUUCAUCAUACACAGGAUCCAGCAGCGUCGACCAGCCGAGUCCAGAGAAGACCUGGUGUCCCAGAACAGUGAGAUCUUCUCUCUGAAUACGUCUCUGGACCAAGAAGAUCCAGAACACGCAUCUGGAAGCAGAGCGGAGACGCCGAGGCGCAGCAGCAAUGGGAAUCUUCUGACUGAAGAAGUCCUGCAGCCGGAGCCAUUAAAGCUGCGACACUCCAGAACCGCCAGUGAGAUCCUGUCUGACAGGGCUUUUUUUAUCGAGGAGUUGGAGCAGAGCAGGGAGUUCUUCAACAACCAGAACCGUUUGCUGAGGCUGCUGAUAGCUGUAUACAACCUGCUGUCAGCCAAUUCAGAGCUGCUCUGCUACCUGAUUAUAGUCCUGAACAACGUGGUCAGCGCCUCCGUCAUAUCACUGGUCCUGCCAAUGCUGGUCUUCCUCUGGGCCAUGCUGUCCGCUCCAAGACCCACUAAGAGGUUCUGGAUGACAGCCAUUGUCUACACAGAGGCCAUGGUGGUGCUGAAAUACAUCUUCCAGUUUGGGUUCUUUCCGUGGAACAGCCUCUACGAGAUGACCCUGAACGAAGACAAGCCCUUCUUCCCGCCCCGCAUCUUCGGCCUAGAGAAAACCGACAGCUACAUCAAAUACGACCUCCUCCAACUGCUGGCUCUGUUCUUCCACCGCUCCCUCCUCAUGCAAUAUGGUCUGUGGGACCACGAGGGCCCCCUGGAGGAGCAGGUUGCCUCUCCAGAAGAUGGACAGAACAUCAGAGCAGGAGAGGAAAAUGGGAGCAGUAAGGGGGAAGCCCAAGAAGCUAAACGAAAGGAUCAGGACAAUCAAGAGCCAGGUACCAGCUUGGCCGCCGCCGCCGCCGUGACGCGCCAUGAUGCUGCCGAAGAUCUGUCUGCGAGGCCGCAGAAUGAACGAGAGAAAGAGCCCAGGAACAACAAUCUGGAUCUGUUGGAUGUGAUGGAGAGAGACGGCAAAGAGCUGCAAGAGGAAGUACCCAAGAAAAACAGCAGCAUCCGCCUCCGCAGAAAAAACAAGAAGGCGAAAAACCAGGACAGCAAAGAGUCUCUGUCAGAGCUGGCAGAGUCCGCCACGGAACCAGAGAAGAAACCCAAAGACAAGAAAAGUGACGCCACACUGAGGUUGAUCGCUGUGGGACACAAGAUCCAACAACUCUUCGUCAGAGGGUUCCAGGGCGUGAAGCAGCCAGCUCAGCGUUUCUUCAGAAGCAUAACCAAGGAUAAAUACCGGGCCUCCACUGAUGUGUACGCCCUGAUGUUCCUCACCGACGUCAUCGAUUUUGUCAUCAUCAUCUUUGGCUUCUGGGCUUUUGGGAAACAUAGCGCUGCAGCGGACAUAGCCUCCUCUCUGUCAGAGGACCAGGUGCCUGAAGCCUUCCUGGUGAUGCUCCUCAUCCAGUUCAGUACCAUGAUCAUCGACAGAGCUCUGUACCUGCGCAAGGCGGUUCUAGGAAAGCUCAUCUUUCAGGUGAUCCUUGUUCUGGGGAUCCACCUGUGGAUGUUCUUCAUCCUGCCUGCUGUCACUGAGAGGUGA